AUGAAAGCAGCGCCGCACCACGCCGCCGGGCUGACCGCCGCCGCCGCCGUGCUGCUCGCGGCCGUGGCCUCGGCGGGCAACGCGCUCCCGCCGGACAGCAUCCCGCUGCGGUGCGCGACGAUAUGCGGGCCCAUGGUCGAGCUGACGGCGCUGUGCAGCGUGCCGUCCCCCGGCAGGAUGGCGAAGCGGCGGCGCGUCGACAAUUUAGCGACACCGGGGCGGCAGCAGAAUCACAGGACGGCUUCGAUUGCGACGACGGCGGCGACGGAGCAGGCGGAGGAGAAAGGGGAGGGGGCGGAAGGAUCGGUCGAGGUCGCGGGCGUGGCCGGUGAUGCCGGUGACGAUAGUGGUGUCGGCGAGCUGGAAAAGAGGUCGUUUGUGACCAUUGUGGCGCCGCCGACGUCGCUCCCGCCCGGGUUCACGGUGUCGACGCCGGAUACUACUCCGUCGUCAUCCGAGGCCUGGACCGCCCAGCAGGGCGUCGUCGUCUCGCCGCGGAUAUCGAGGGUCACGCCCGUGAUAUCGACGCGCGCGCGGCAGCCAGACCAAUACAUCACCACCACUCCCACGCCCGGAGCGCCCCCCUCGCCCAUCGGCGUCAGCACGACGGGGCUGGCCCUGGGCGCCGACGGGCCGCCGCGGGGCUCGACCGUGAAUUCGCCCGUGAUGCCGUCGUCAGCGGCGCCAACGAGCCAGCAAUCCUUACCCGAUGAUGAUGGCGGCGACGACUCUACGGCGACGCCGCCGCCGCCACCGCCGCCACCGCCGCCGCCGACGACGGUUACGACGACAGCGGCUACUGCUACAAGUGUGGCUGAUGCGGUGACCAAGGGUCCUUCUCCGGGCGGUAGCAACAUGGGCAUGGAGCAGGACGGCCACGGCGGCAACGGCGGCAACGGCGAUGGAGAUGGGGACGGAGACGCUCCGGACCCGGAGGAGGAGUGCGUGUGCAAGAACCGCAGCUUCGACGUCGCGCAGGUGGCCGGGCUGUGCGCCGACUGCAUCAUGCAGGGCGGCGACCUGCACAACAACAUGAACAUCAUCAUGGCAACGUGCAACUUCCCCAAGGUCGGCUACUCCCCCGCCAGGGACAGCAUCGCCGUCAACGUCAACGUCAAGGCGAUCCGCCCUCCCGGCAACGGCACGGCCUCGUCCGGCGGCUCGGGGCCUUGCGUGGACGCCGUCGCCGCCGCUGGGCGCGCCGCGCUGGUGGCAGCGGCGGUGGUGGCUCUAGCCGUGGGCGGGGGCGUGUUUGGUUGAGCGCCCCGACAUUUUCAGACUUUUUUU